AUGGAUGUCUUCAAUGCCUUCUUGCAAGGAGAUUUGCAUGAUGAAGUGUACAUGUCACUGCCUGAAGGUUUUGCAAGCCAGAGGGAGCCUAAAGGCAUGAGGAAAUACGCACUUGAACUCAUUACAGAGCUAGGACUAAGUGCAUCUAAACCUGCUUGGACACCACUUGAAUUCAAUCAGAAGCUGACAAAUAAAGAGCUGGAUAUUGCCUUUGCAGUGCAAACGCUUAGUCAAUUUAUGAAAAAUCCCAAGAGAUCACAGUGGGAAGCAGCUCUAAGGAUUGUCAGCAAGAAGGAAAAUAGCCUAAUAGCAUACUGUGAUACUGAUUGGGCAUCAUGCCCAAACACUAUAAGGUCAGUAACAGGCUUCAUCAUCAAGCAUGAAGAUUCACUUAUUUCUUGGAAGUCAAAGAAACAGAACACAAUUUCUAAAAGUUCUGCAGAAGCAAAGUAUAAAAGCGUGGCUUUAACAAUCACAGAACUUGUACGGGUGACAAGGCUGUUCAAAGAGUUGGGAAUAGAGAUAAAAAAGCCA